UGCACACUCUUAAUUAAAGAUUUCAUCGGCCAGCAAACAGAAGACUAAAAGCAAAAAGGACCCAUCCCUGCCUAGAAAUUAUCUAUGUUCCUUGUCUGUGUAAAUACGUUGGGUGGCGAAUCCAAUACUAACUAACUAUAGUAACUUACCUAGGUAAGCAUAUGCUCUGCAACAAGACAAUCACACAAACAGAGUAUAUAGCUUAGCCACCAUGCAUAGCUGCUGGAGGUGGACUGAACCCAAAACCAUCUUGAUUAUAGCUGAUACCGAUGGCAAGGGAUGAUUCUUCAGAGAAGCUCCGGUGGAGCCUGGCCGGCAAGACGGCGCUGGUCACCGGAGGAACCAAAGGGAUCGGCCACGCCAUCGUCGAGGAGCUAGCUGCCCUCGGUGCCAGGGUGCACACCUGCUCUCGCAACGCCGCCGACCUUGACCGAUGCCGCCGGCAAUGGCAGAGCAAGGGCCUCCACCACAUCACCGCCUCCGUCUGCGACGUCUCGGUUCGCGCAGACAGGGAGAGCCUCGUCGACACCGUCCGCGGCCUCUUCCACGGCGACCUCCACAUCCUCGUCAACAACGCCGGCCAGUCACUCUACAAGCCCGCCGCCGAAACCACGCCGGACGAUUACGCCCGCCUCAUGGCCAUCAACCUCGACCCCUGCUUCCACCUCGCCCAGCUCGCGCACCCGCUGCUCCGGCAUGCCAAGGCGUCCUCGGUCGUCUACAUGUCCUCCGUCACCGGCUUCAUCGCCUACCCGGCGCUCUCCGUCUACUCACUCACCAAGGGGGGAAUGCACCAGCUCUCCAGGAGCCUCGCUGCAGAGUGGGCGGCGCAAGGCAUCCGUGUCAACUGCGUCGCCCCUGGCGGCGUCGAAACCGAGUUCUCCGCCAACACGCUCGCCACAGACCCGGACAUGGCACGGAGGCUCGCCGAGAUGGAGACGGCAAGGGUGCCCAUGCGCCGCUUCUGCAAGCCCCAUGAGGUCGCCGCCCUCGUCGCCUUCCUCUGCAUGCCCGGCGCCGGAUACAUCACCGGCCAGGUCAUCUGCGUCGACGGCGGACGCACCAUAGCAGCCAAGCUAUGAGAAAAGCAAACAUAUAUGAAGUAAACAGAUGUUGUAUCAGAUGUCCCUAGCUGCAAUGCAAUGCAGACCAUGUUUUGUUCUUCAGUCAGAUUCAGGUGCUUCAAAAUGAUGGCAAUGGUCAGUAUUCAUCUGCAUCCUUUGAAAGGUGCAAUCAAUGCCAUAUGAAUUUACAAGGGAAAGUGACAGAAAAAA